GAUGAUACAACUUCAAGAAGUACAUCAAGAACAGGAAGAACAACAACAACAGAUUCAACAAAAUCAUCAUGCCUUUAAUAAUGAAGAUAUUUUAAACCAAAUUAAAGCCUCUGUUCAUAAUUUAUAUGAAUUUAAAACGAAAUAUUUAAAUCAAUGGGCUGAUAAAUAUGGUGUAUUAAAUGAUUCAAUGCUUGAAUCAUGGAUGCAAAGUGAUACAAUCUGUUCAAUGAUCAAUGAAUCCUGUGAAUUAAUGAAUAAGAAAAAUGAAUUAGUUCAAUUGAAAUUUGAACAGACAAUAUCUAUGCUAAAGGCAUAUGAAUCAAUAUUCACGCAUACAUCAUCAGUAUCUUCGUUACAAAAAGCAGAGUUUUGUUAUCAAUAUGGUAGAGCCUAUAAUGCAAUUGACUCAGACAUGUAUACUGGAAAUCUUCACGAUACCGAGGAGAAUGAUUUAACCUGUCAAGCAAUUCAAUGGUUGACGAAGGCGUUGAAAUUCAACCCCCAGCAUACUGAUGCUUGGUGUGAAUUAGGUGAUUCAUGUUGGCGACAAGGUGAUCCUGUACAGGCUGCCAGUCAUUUUCGUCAAGCGUUAAAAAUUGAUCCUAAACACAUAGAAGCUCUUUGCCAGUUAUCAAUGGUAUUACGUCAACUGCCUCCUCCUCCGCCUCCCAGUCGUCCUGUUAAUAUUAACAAUGCAAGAACAUCAACAGCAACAACAGCAGCAGCAAAGCAGGCUGAAUCGACUACAGAAUCUUCUUCUGUCUUCAGUCAAUCUGUAGAUCUAGCACAUUCAGCGGUUAGUCAUCAACCGACAAAUGGUUUUGCAUGGUCUGUACUUGGCAAUGCAUUAUUGAUUAUGUUUUUCAAAAAUUUCGGUUCCAUGACAACGCCUCAGUCGCAGGCGUCAUCAUCAUCAUCAAAUAAACAAGCGCUAUCACAAACUGAUAAUAAUAACACCAGUUGUAAUAAUAAUAAUAAAAGUAUGAGUGGAUCAACAGUAACAAAGACUUCAACGACGACGACGACGCCAACAGCAACAUCAUCAUCACCAUCUUCAUGUCAAGUUAUUAUGAAUCGAUGUCUAGCGGCGUAUUCACAAGCAGCUAAGGAUCGUUCAACAGCCUUAGAACCAAGUUUUCAUUAUAAUCGAGGUUUAGCUUGGCAUUACCGGGAUAUGUUUGGCAAAACACUGACAUGUUGGCUUCAGGCUGUUUGCUUGGAUCCAGACUGGCCUGCACCACAAAAUUGUAUUAAACGUAUCAUUAAAUUUAUUCUAGAAUGGAAGACAUUUAUGCAACAGUUGUCUGAAAUUCAUUCCUGCACUGAUAGUUGUUCUAUGGAGAAGAAAUCGUCGGACCAACGGCAACCACCACCAGAACAACAACAACAACGACAAGAAAUCGAUGAAUUCAUUGUUCCCUUGAAUCCGCUUACUAAGCUAUUAACUGUAAGCACUAAGGAGAAUUCUGAUUGGUCAGCCAAAAACGGCGAUAAUCAGACUAACCAAUCAUCGCCGAAUAAUGAUGAUGAUAAUAAUAAGUUGACCUUGGAUAUCAAAGAUAAAACUGCAUUGAAUCGUUUAUUGGGACCUUGUUGUCCGCUGAUCAACAACAGUGUGGUUGACCAGCAUGAUGACAAUUCGGUGGCGAAUAUGAAACAGAAAGGCAGUGACAAAACCAACAACAGCAACAACAAGAAGAAGAAGCGAUUAAAAUCUGCGAAACAUGCCAACAGUUCGAGUAAUACUUUGACUAAUUCUAAUGAACUUAGGCUGUUAACUUCUGUAAUUGACACCAGUCAGAUACACGUUGGUCUGUUCAAAGAUUUACAGAUAGGGUUGAACAAGAAUACAGUAUGUGUUGGACGUGUCUAUGCUGAAUUGCCUGCUGACACGGAUUUGGCAAGAAAUUUUCUCCUUGUCGAUGCUUAUGGUAUGCCUUUCACUGUUCGAGUGUACAAUAUUGGAAAGGGUAAAGGACCAAUUCGUAAAGAUAUCAUCGUUAUACCGAAUCCGUUUGUUGAAGAGAUAUUCAUUGAAGGCUUUAUCCUGCAUUCAUGUAUAACUGCUUUAUCAAAGUUAGAUAGUAAAUAUCUGUCUGAGGAUAUAAUCAAUAAACUAGCAAAUCUUAACAAAGACACUGACACCACCACUGAAAGUGAUAAUAUGAAAGAAUCUGAUUUCACUUCAGUGCCUCCUUCUCAUCUUUCAUCAAAUAGUACAGCCGAUCUCCACAUUCGUCUUAUACGUAUUCCACUUCCAGAUCUUCUUGUAGUUAAUGGUCAGCCUGUUGGCUCCAGCUGGACUGGUGCACCUGUUUUUAAGACUGUAUUCUUUACUGGAAUUUGAACAUAUUUUGCAUGCAGUUGGUUAUGCGUGGUUUGUUUUUUUAAGGGCAAAACUACUAACUACUUUAUUGUUUGUAAGUAAACAAAAUGUUUUUAGUGAUAAAACCUUGCCAUUGUCAAUUCUGAAUCUACUGACAAAUGUAUAAAAAAAU